AUGUCGCACACUCUCGUCAGACGAUGUCCUGGCGCCCUCGCCCGCCCGCAUAUAUGCGCACAGUCGCCGUCGCCAUCGUUGAAGUGGCAUCGGGCCCUCACGACGAGCAGCGAGCCUCCUCGACCGGAACACAAGGAUCCCCCGCAGGUCGAGACCUUCUCCUCGCCCUCCCGGCCGCGCGAAUACUACGCGCGCCCGCACCCGCGGGACCUUCCCCCUCUCCAGCGAAAAUGGCCGCUGCUGCUCGCGUUCGGCGCCGUCGGCGUCGGCGCGUGGGCGACCUUCUUCGCGUACGCGGCGAACCAGGAGAGGCUCUCGAGCUCCGUGGUCCGCCAGCUCAUGGACACCGUGCGCGCGAGCCCGGAGCUGCGCGACGUCCUCGGCGACGCGAUACGCCCCGAGCCCAUCUGGUGGCUCAACGGCGACCCGUGGAUCAGCGGUGCGAUAUAUCUCAUGCAGGGGAACGUCGACGUGAGCUUCCGGCUGAAAGGCCAUAAAGGCGCAGGAACGCUCUACUUCACGAGCAUACGGAAAGCUAAGGGGGAGCCCUUCACCGUCCUGCGCUUCAAAGUCAUAGCGGAUGACGGCACAGUCGUGAAUCUGCCCUUAGCAGAGUCAUAA